AUGUCUUCUUUCUUUAGAAAAGAGUUGCUUUAUGCAUCUAUUGUAUGCCUAAUGCCUUUAGGAUUUGGAUUUCUCAUUGCAUAUCCUUCUCCAGCAGCUGAAUAUAUUCGAAAAAAUUGGAGUAAAACACCUGAUCAAUGGAAAUUAUUUGUUGCAAUAACACUAUUGACUGCAGCAAUCGGUCCAUAUAUUCCAUCUUUAUUGUUUAAGGUAGGUUUAGGAAGAAGAUUAGUUACAUCAAUUGUUAAUAUUAUAAGUAUCAUUUUGUGGUUAAUUCUCAGUUUCAUGACAGAAAAAUUGUUUUGGAUGGGUUUUGUUAUCCGAAUUCUUCAAGGUCUCAUGCUUGGCGCAAUGUCAUCAAUUGGUCCUCUUUUAUUACUUGAAGUUUCACCAUUGGAUCAAACAGGCAUUUAUGGUACAUUCAAUCAAACUUUUGUUGUUAUUGGAGCGAUUAUUAACUUCCUUAUUGGUGAAUAUUUUCCUCCAUAUGCAAUGUGCAUUACAUCAAUAAUUGGUCAUGUUCUUCAACUCUUUUUAAUAUGGAUUAUCCCUGUCACAGCAUUUAAAGAACAAAAGCAAGAAGAGAAAAAUAAAAUUUCUGAAUCAAUUUUCCAAAAGAAGUAUGCUUGGUUGCUUUUCGUUCUAAUAUUGAUUAUGAUCAUUCAGCAGUUUUCAGGCAUAAAUGCAAUUAUUGCUGAUUUAUCUGGUAUCUUUGCUAGAGCAAAUAUCAAAAAUCUUCGACUAGGAGAUCAAUCAGCAAUUGCUACAACUGCACAACUAUUUGCAUGUUUUUGUUCCGGUCCAUUGGUUAAAUGUCUAGGAAGGAAGGCGAUGUGGACUAUAUCCUGUUUGUUGUGUGCUUCUUCUCUCAUUUGUUUCGGUUUCAAUUCGAAAUUUAAUUGGACAAAUAUUCUUCCUGUGAUUUUGAUUUUCUUAUAUCAAUUUGGAUUUGGAUUAGGACUUGCUCCUUUACCUUGGUUUUCUUCUGUUGAGAUGUUUCCUAUUGAAGUACGACCUAUGGUUUCAUCAAUCAAUGGAAUGGUUUCUUGGGUAUUUUCCUUUGUUAUUGUAUAUGCGUCACCUGCAAUGCAGGACUCUAAAAUGGGAGAGUUUGGUCUAUUUCUAUUCUAUGGAAUAACAACAUUAUUAGGAACUGUCUUUGGAUAUUUCUUUAUUGUUGAACCUGCUAAUAAUGUGUUAGACAACUCUGAUGAUCCUAUGAGUGAACUCUAA